AUGGCCAUGUGGAGGACAGCGGCAGCUCUUCUGCUAAUUCUACAAACUGUGUUUGGCCAGAGCAGCAUCAGAUGGUGCACCAUCUCAGAUGCAGAGCAAAAAAAAUGUUCGGCCAUGUCGGAGGCCUUCGCCAAAGCCUCGAUCCGUCCAUCCCUGAGAUGUGUCAACGGAGUGACCAUCGAGGGCUGCGUUCAGAAACUACAGAAAAAAGAAGCAGAUGCCGUGUCCAUGUUCAGCAGUGACAUCUACAAGUUGGGGAAAACCAACUCCUUCAAGAUUGCUGCCAGUGAAUCAAAAAUGGAUGGUACCGGUGCUAACUACUAUGCAGUUGCUGUGGUGAAGAAAGCAAAUUCUGGCAUCAGCAUAAACAACCUGGCAGGAAAAAGGAGCUGUCACACAGGGAAAGGCCGAACAGCUGGCUGGAAUAUGCCUUUAGGAUACCUCAUAGACCAGGGCUACAUGUCUGUAGUGGGCUGCAACAUCCCACAGGGUGUGGCACAUUUCUUCAAUGCCAGCUGUAUCCCCGGAGCAAACCAGGAAGGUGAUCCAGCGUCUCUGUGUCAGCUGUGCAAAGGAAAUGGUGAAGGACUGAACAAAUGUGACAUGAGCGACAAAGAGUUAUACUUCAGCUACGCGGGAGCCUUUAGGUGUCUGACUGAGGAUGCAGGAGAGGUGGCCUUCAUCAAACACACCACUGUCGCUGAAAACACUGAUGAUAAAACUCCUUCCUGGGCAAGCAAACUGAACUCAGCAGAUUAUGAGCUGCUGUGUCGUGAUGGCUCUAGAGCUCCUGUCUCUCAAUGGAAUAGAUGCCACCUGGUCCGCAUCCCAUCUCGUGGAAUUGUUGUUGGCAUGGACGUCACUCCCUCUCUGGUGUUCAACAUGCUGACGGAGGGACUGGCAAAGUCAGAGUUCGGCAUGUUUUCAUCUAUGGAUUACGGAGGAGGAACUGUUCUCUUCUCUGAGUCAUCCACCAUGUUUCUGGGGGCCGAGUCAAAUGACCCUGAGAAGUGGAUGCAUCGCUACUAUCAUGAUGCUCUGACAGCCAUGGACUGUAAAGCUGAAGAUAUCCCAGGUGUCCUGCGUUGGUGUGUGUUGUCCAGUGGUGAGCAGCAGAAAUGUGCUGACAUGAGCGUGGCCUUCCAUAACAAAGGUCUGACUCCAGAAAUCAAAUGUGUCCACGGGGACUCUGUGACUGACUGCAUGAAGAGAAUCAAGAACAACGAGGCUGAUGCCAUCACCUUGGAUGGAGGUUACAUCUACACAGCAGGCAAAGAGUACGGAUUGGUCCCUGCUACCGGCGAGAGCUACACAGAGAGCAGAGAUGGUUCCAUGUACUAUGCAGUCGCAGUGGUGAAAAAGAGUAGCUUUGACAUCCGUAACCUUGACGACCUGCGUGGCCGUCGCUCCUGUCACACCGGAUAUGGUCGCACGGCUGGCUGGAACGUUCCCGUAGCAACGCUGAUGGAGAGAGGCCUGAUAGCACCUAAGCACUGUCAGAUACCCCAAGCUGUGGGAGGGUUCUUUGAGAAAAGCUGCGUACCAGGUGCAAACCAGCCCGGUAUGCCCAGCAACCUGUGUGGGCUGUGUGUGGGCACCGAAUCAGGACAGAACAAGUGUGAGAAGGGAAAAGACCUGUAUGAUGGAUACGACGGUGCCUUCAGGUGUCUUGCAAAAGGAGAAGGAGAUGUGGCUUUUAUCAAACAUUCUACUGUCUUUCAAAAUACUGAUGGUAAUGGUGAAACGUGGGCAGUGGAUCUCCUGUCUAAAGACUUCCAGCUGCUGUGCUCUCAGGACACUAAAGCUGAGGUAACACAGUACAGACACUGCAACCUGGCCAGAGUCCCCUCCCACGCUGUAAUGGUACGGCCCGACACCAACAUCCACGCCAUCUAUGGACUACUUGACCGCGCACAGACACAUUUUGGCAGUGAUACAGGUACUGAGUUCAAGAUGUUUGACUCGAAGGAGUACAAAGGCACAGACCUCGUCUUCAAAGACUCCACUGUUAUCCUUGUCGGUGUUGGUGACAGGAAGACCUACCAGGAGUGGCUGGGCCAGGGCUACAUGGACUCGCUGGUUGACCUGGAGUGUAACUCAUCCAGUGCAGUGAAGUCCUCUGUAUUGCUGCUGCUGAUGGCUUUGUUCAGCUUCAUGCUGACCGACCUCUGGAUGUAAUGUGUUGCAGGCGUCCAGCAACGUCUCCAACUCACUUUCAUAACUUUUUUCUCUAUUUCUAAUCUAUUAACACUUUACAUUCCUUUUUCCCUUCCCAUGACUUCCCCCUCUCCAUGCCUGAUUAUUUUGUCCAUUUUCUCUGAAGUUUCGAAGAGAAAUUAAGUGAAAUUAUCAGUUUGUAACUUUCUACUAUUUUUGAUCUUACAAAUUGCAUAAUUUCUUACUAAUUGUUUUUUUUUAAUAUAUAUAUGAGAGAGUCAUGUUGGAGCUGCCUUUGGAUUUAAAUGGUGCUGGUGUUGGAUGGAAGCACAUUGCCUUGUGGUAUUGUGACAGAUAAGAGAGUUUAGUUGCCAAAGACUUUCAGCCUGUGUUAAUCAGACACGAUGAGAGAAUGUGCUGCUGCCACUUUGUUUACUAAAGGUGGGCUGCCAUAUCAGUGUGUAUGCGGCCACCUGUUACAUUUCCUUAGUGGGUGGCUCAUUCAAGUCUCUCUGAAGCUAAUUUGAAAAAGAACGACAAUCUGAUGAUGAACUUUUACAUGAAUCCUUAAUAACAUUGCGAUCAAUUGAUAUUACUUACUUACUUUUAAAUACGAGUAACAAAAUGCUCUAUGAGUUUGGAGCUAGAGCCAGGAGUUGAUUAGCUUAGCUUCGCCGACCUUUAGCUUUUCGCCAUAUUGAACCUUUAAAACUACAUUUUUAAAAGUCUUUAUGUAAAUAUAGAAGUCAUAUUGCUGUUCCGUUCUGCUGCCACUUGCUGUGUGAGUAUUACUACUAACUAACACAGCCUUUCUUUAGUUUAGGCUGUGUCGCUAAUAUAAGCUAAUGCCAUAUCAGUGAAUAUGCACUAGUGUUGCCUCCACACAGCUGUGCUGGGGAUAGUGUGAUGAUGAGUGGCUCAGUGUUCAUCCAGGCUGUCUGCUUCAUGUAUUCUCCUCAAUCACCUAAAUCAAGUUGAAUAUAUUAAUCUGGCUUAUAUUUUAUUAUUUUGAUCAUAAAUGGAAACUGCUUUAGCAGCAGAUAGUCAGCAUACACUUGGAGCCAUUUCUCACACCUUGUAAGCAUUCCAUUUCAUACAUCUGGAAACACAUGGAGUAGGCUCCAUCAGAUUUGGGGAGAACAUAAAGAAAACAUCCUGUGGUUUGUGCUGAGAGUGAAUGGAUUUUGUUUGUUUGGAUGCUUUGAGUCAAAGAGGAGUUUGUGUUAAUUAGGAGGAGACAACACGGUUUCAUAAUAUGUGUCUUCAACUUUCAUUGUUAAAAAAGGGUUUUACUUGCAUUUGUGUUUGACUUGGAAACAUACAUUGAUCCCGUUUUGAUUUAAAACGGGUUGUGGCUUGAUAAAUUUAGUCAUGCAAUGCUUGUGUUCAAUUAAUAUAAUAGCUAAAAGGAAAUAAAUGUUUAUGAUAGACCUGAGUAAAAUAAAAUCUGCUCUCAUGUACUCUAACCCAUACAACUCAAUCCAGAAAUGUGUUAACUCAAAAUAACUUGCUCAAGUCAUAUCUACUGUAGGCUACUUCAUGGUGCUUGAUGCUGUUUCCUGUUUUAAAAGGGUGAAAGAUGUGUAUUUUCCUAUGUUAAGAGAUUUAUUUUUAUAUGAUGUUCAGAUGCCAUAUCAGUGUAUAUGUGCUGACUCAUGCUGUCAGAAACUAAUGCAUUCUCUUCCUCCUGAUAGAGAUUUAUUUCUAUGUGAAAUGAUGUAAUAUGUGACUAAUAUUUAGUUGCCAGACCAGUGAGUCUGCACAAGUAUUGCUACAUA